AUGCUACGGGUUCGGAAGAGAAACACGAUUUUGCCCGUGACUUUUCUUAUGGUUCAGCUGGCAACUAUCUGGCAGGUCUGGUCGGAGCCGAAUAUAUAUGCCGACCUUGCAAUUGCUGAUGCCGUUAUAUCACUUCUGGCAGCGAUCGGAGUUCUGAUAAUCGCAGUACUUGAACAAAGUCGGAGAUUCCAUUCAUUGCAUAUUGUACAUGUAUAUCUUGCUUUUUCAUUGACACGAGAUCUCAUUGAGUUCGGAGCUCAGUCAAACUGCUCCAGCAUGCGCAAUUGUCAUUUGAUAAAGAUCAGGGUAUGCUUAGAGGGUAUUUGGCUGCUGUGGGAUUCUUACAUUAAGGAGGUGGUCAUUCAUCAACUUUCUCGAAGUUCUUCGGCAUCGGAAGAGGCUUCUGGUGUCCUUGGUCGAAUCUUCUUCUGGUGGAUUCAUCCAGUGCUCAAGGAAGGGUAUAAAGCUGUUCUCAAUCCUGAGAAUCUACCUGAAAUUGAUAGCCAACUUUUGUCAGAAGGUUUGCGAGCACGAGCUGUGAGAGCGUGGGCUACUCGGUCCGAACCUCUCAACCGGUGGACUUUGCCUUUUAUGUUGGUGAGCUGUCUUAAAACCGCAUUUCUUUUGCCAAUACUGUCCCGAAUGUCUCUUAUUCUAUUUACCUACCUGCAACCUAUUUUCAUUGGUGUGGCUAUCAAUUUCUGCAAGGGACCCACCUCCCAUACCAGUGAUACCACGAGUGCAGAUAGUGGACUACGAUUAGUUCUCUUUUCAGCAAUCGUGUACUUAGGAAUGGCAGUGUCGGGGCCAACUUAUCAGCAUCAAAUUAAUCGGUUGCGCGUUAUGACCCGAGGAGCAUUGAUCAGUCUCGUUCAUCACCAGUCUCUACAUAUGUCAACAACAGGAUCCAAAGACUCUGAAGCGCUGACCUUGGUCAGUUCGGACAUUGACAACAUUGAGUCGUUUGGAGAGACGUUCCACGAGACUUGGGCCCGGCUGCUAGAAGUGAUAAUCGGGACCAUGCUUUUGGCCGCUCAAAUAGGAUGGUUUGCCUUCCUGCCAUUGGUCAUCGUUUUCGGUUGCUCUAGAGUGAGUGCAUAUGUCGCAAAGCAUUUAGACGGCAUGCAGAAGGACUGGAACGUGGCCACACAAAAACGUCUUGCCACCGUUGCAGCAGCUUUAGGGGGUAUAAAAAGCCUAAAAAUGAUGGGAAUGGAGGAUGCAGUUCAGUCUCUGAUUUCGUAUUUGCGAAGCGAGGAGAUUGGCUCAUCAAAACGAUUGAGAUGGAUUUUAGUCACUUAUAACGCAAGCGCAAACGCACUUGGUAUUUUUGCUCCAGUUCUUACUCUGAUUCUUUACGCCCUCACAUUAGAAAAUGGUGGAGUUCUGCGGGCUGAUGAAGUUUUUACAUCGGUGGCUCUGCUUACUAUGGUGACACAUCCGGCUAAUAUGGUCAUGACCCUGAUUCCCCAGGCCAUUGCGAUCAUGGCAAAUUUUGAUCGAGUUCAAUCUUAUGUCAGCCAACCAUCCAUUCAGGAUAAGCGGGAGUAUUCUGCGGAAAGCAACGUUCGAAAAUUAGCCUCUAUUCAAAACGUUUCAAUCACAUCUCCCUCAACUUCUCUUACCCUUCUUCGAGAUGUUUGUAUUGACCUAAAUAGAGGAGAGAUUGUUAUCUGUGCCGGUGCGGUGGGAAGUGGGAAAACAAUGUUAGCGAUGGCCAUCCUAGGGGAAGCCCAUCUGACAACUGGCACGAUCAGAGUCUCUUCGAAAGAGAUUGCUUACUGUUCUCAAGAACCGUGGCUACCGUCUGUAACUAUUCGUGACGCUAUAUCUGGGGGAGGUCUUGACCUGGAUCUCGAAUGGUACAAUACUGUUAUCGACGCGUGUGGCUUGGUACCUGAUUUCACUACUUUUGCUCGUGGUGAUAUGACCCUGAUUGAAAAUAAUGGAAUUAACCUUUCGGGAGGACAGAAACAGCGUAUAGCUCUGGCUCGAGCAGUCUACUCACGCCACAGAAUUCUUGUCCUGGAUGAUCCAUUCAGUGCAAUUGAUGGAAAGACAGUAGAUCGCAUCAUAGGCAGGCUUUUGAGCACACGAGGUCUGCUCAAGAGAAUGGCUACGACGGUCUUUCUGAUAACCAACUCUAGGAAACUUGAUUCAUUUGCAGAUAAAUUACUAGUCCUGCAAGACUCAUGCAUUCAUCUCCGCGAUCCGUCUAGCUUUGAAGAUACGGAAGAUUCCUCGGCGCCAUCCAUAUCGAUUGACACAGAUAAUCUUAAGAGCGAGUUGAUAGAAACACCCAAACCAAAAGGCGUGAAUCAUCGAAUAAAGGAUGCUGCGGAUGACAUAACCCGGGCAACUGGGGAUAUUGCAGUAUAUGGGUACUAUGUCGGUUCGAUUGGCCGAUUAAACGCGCUUCUGAUGAGUGGCUGUACUGCAGCUUACUCCUUCUGCUUAACAUUCUCCCAGUACAUUCUAAAAUGGGCAACCGAGUCUCCCCCCGAAAAGUUAAAAAUCUACAUGGCCCUCUAUGCGGCAAUUUCGUUUAUCGCAUGGGUUGCAACAAAUGGAACCAUGUGGUCUACUCAAAUCAAGAUCGCUGUUCGGUCAGGAACAGUAUUACACGCACAGUUACUUGAGCGAGUUCUUAGGGCACCUUUAUCUUAUUUCACCCAGACAGACGUCGGCGCCAUCCUGAAUAGGUUUGGCCAGGAUAUCAAUCUCGUCGAUAAGCAAUUGCCGCCUGCCUUGGCGAACUUGAACAACCAAAUUUUCAAGCUUUUAAUGCAGCUAGUGCUGCUUUUGAGUGUUCAACCUAUAAUGGUGGUAACGGUGCCAUCCUGUUUCAUGUCUGUGUACUUCAUUCAGAAGAUCUAUCUUCGGACAUCGCGGCAAUUACGGUUCCUCGACUUAGAAUCACGUUCGCAGUUGUAUACCAGCUUUUUGGAUACGACCAGUGGCGUUACUACAAUUCGAGCCUUUGGCUGGAAAGAGAAAUUCAAAGAUGAGAACAUCAGAGCCAUUGAUAUCUCGCAAAAGCCGUUUUAUCUUCUUCUUUGCUUACAAUGCUGGUUGAAAGUGGUCCUAGAUUGUCUCAUGGCUAUCAUUGCAAUUGAUCUUAUUGCACUUACUGUGAUGUAUCGAAAUACCGUUACAGGUGUUGAUCUUGGUUUGAGCCUCAACCUGAUCAUUUUAGCAAACACCACACUCUUACGGCUGGUGCAGUCCUGGACAUCUCUAGAAACUUCGUUGGGGGCUAUUGCUAGAUUGAAGAACAUACAAGAGUCCGUGCCAAGUCAAGAAAGAGACCCGUAUGCUGUGGAUCCGGGUCCUCGAUGGCCAUCCCUAGGAGAUGUGCGGUUGGAAGAGGUUUCGGCCUCCUACUCUCAAUCCUUGAAACUUGCUUUGCGCAAUGUCUCCCUCAGCAUAAAUCCCGGACAAAAGCUAAUCGUUGUGGGGCGGACAGGGAGUGGGAAGAGCACUCUGAUGCUUACUUUGCUUCAGCUCCUCAACACCAGACAAGGAUCAAUCUGGAUCGACGAUGUAGAUAUCACUCAGAUCCCAUUAAGAACUUUACGGCAGCGAGGUUUUAUCGCAGUACCCCAAGAUGGCUUUAACGUUCCAUCUGCAAGCUUACGUUUCAACCUAGACCCUUACCACAUGAAUUCUGAGGAAGACAUAGUGAUGGCUCUGAAAAGGGUGGGAAUUUGGGAGAGGAUCUGGUUAACUUAUGGCGAUCCAACGUGCGAGACAGCAGGUGCAAGUGCAGAUGUCGGGAGAUUGCUAGAUUCCCCUAUCUCAUUAUUUUUACCUUUCUCCGCGGGGCAGCUUCAAUUAUUCGCAUUAUGCCGAACAUUACUGCGAGUGAAAUCUAACGCAUUGACCAAGCCAAUCAUCAUAUUAGACGAGGCUAGCUCCUCAUUAGACCCAGAAACAGAGUCCAUUCUCGUGGAUCUUCUACGAGAUGAUCUCCGAGAUCAUACAGUUGUUAUAAUUGCCCAUCGGCUUGAGGGAUUCAUAAAGGCCAUGAGACCAGGAAUUGAUGCAAUUGUGACAAUGAAAGAUGGACAACUACAGAAGCUAUCUCUUAUUGGCAGCCAGGACUCUGAUGCGAUUCAGUAUACAGUUUGUCAUUGA